AUGAUCAACGACGAAUCCUCAACAAUUACCAGUCGAAAUUUAUACCGCGGUCUCGCCGAGGGAUGCAGUGGUUUGAACGAGAAUGAAAGGAUCGUUUUCAUCCGGAGACCUGGUGAAAACUCACCCCCAUCAGCGGAUUGUUUCCAACAUGAGACUUGUCAUUUACCGACAAGAGAAGAUCUCGAACCGGGACAAUGCAUCGUGAGGACACUCUAUCUCAGCGUCGAUCCGGCACAGGUCCGCGAAACCGUCUACGAAGAUCUCUCUCGUGCUCCACAGGCUUUCGUUGACAUGAUGGCCGGCAAGAAUAUCGGCAAAAUGGUGAUCAAACUC